AGUAACUGUGAGAAAGCAAAACCCAGGUAUCUAGGCCCUUUCCAACUCAUUGGAAAAUCAGAGGGCGGGUCGUAUGUGAUUUGGGAACUUGAUGGAACAUUUGUCAGGCGUGGUGUAGCACCAUUCUGGAUCCUACCCUAUCAGGCUAGAACACAGGAAUAUGUCCCG